GCGGGGGCUGAGCGGGGGCCUCUCGGAUCGGAGUCCUGCCGAGAGAGACACGGGGGGGUGGUUAAUGAGCCCCCUCGCCCCGCUGUCCCUCCCGGAGGGCUGCACGAAGGCAGAACAGCCGCGGAGCUCCGGAGCAGCCUGUGCUGGGGCUGACAUCCUCCCUCCUCCGGGCAGAUGAACUUCUAAGGGCUCCUCCUAGCCCCACAUGGCUCCGCGGCUUGCCCGCAGGGUCCCGCUCCACUGAGAACCCGAGCCAGCGAUCUGCCCCGGCCAGCCAGCGGGCUCCGCUCCUCCUCGGCGGGCAGUUGGGAAGGAAGCCGGCUGGAUACCACCAUGGGCCUCUCCUGGGGCUUCUUCAUUGGGCUGCUUCUAGCCUGUGCAUCUGGCAAGAAGCUAUGGGACGUGCCUGUGUCUCAGGCUCAGCAGCACAGCACUGGAAAACUGCUCUGGGAGCCACAGUGCCAGUACCAACUGCGCCACCUACAGGACAGCGCUAGAAUUUCAGCUCUUCUGCCUCCCCGGCUGGAAGGUCACUGGAUUUCUACAGGCUGUGAGGUACGUCCGGGACCGGAGUUUCUCACCAGAUCCUACCUGUUUUACUACAACCGCUUGUUCAAGGCUUAUCAGUUCUACUACUGGGACCCCUCCUGCCACAAUCCGUCCUAUUCCUUGGUCAUCAAAGGCAAGCUCAGGCUGCGCCAGGCCUCCUGGAUCACCCGAGGGGCAACUGAGGCAGACUACCACCUGCACAAAGUGGGUAUUGUUUUCCACAGCCAGAAGGCCAUGCAGGAGAUUUCUGCCCGGAUCAAUCAGACGUCAGGAGGGGACUGCAGUGGAUUCUUUCCACCUGGACGGUCCUGGGCUCCCGGAGUCCUCUACGAGGUGCUGAGUGCCAAGGAGGGGCGAGAUUGCACCACAGCCCUGGGCUUUGCCAUGCAUGAACUCAGCCUGGUGCGGGUGGAGAAGCAUUACGAGCCCCCACUGCAAACUCAGCCGAACGGCAGCAGGACGGUGGAGGAGCUGUACCUAGGGGACAUUCACACCAAGUGGUCUGAGAGACUCCAUUAUCGACCAACAGGGUAUCAACGCCCUUUGCAGAGUGCUGUGCAUCAUGUGCAUCCUUGCCCUGCUUGUGGGAUUAUAUACAGAUCUGAUGAGCACCAUCCACCUAUACUACCAGCUAAAGCCGAGCUGCCGAUGCAGUUAAGUGGCAGGUGGGUGAGUGCUCACUGUGAAAUCCGGCCAGCUGUGCUUUUUCUUACCAGGUACUUCAUAUUUCAUGGCACCAAUCGCACCUGGGAAGGGUACUAUUAUCACUACUCUGACCCACUCUGCAAGCAGCCUACUUUUACCAUCUAUGCAUCUGGGCACUACACCAAGGGUGUCCCAUCCUUUAUAGUGAGAGGAGGCACAGAGCUGGCAUUUAAAGUGACCCAUGCUCGGGUUACAGCAAUAGAUCAGGUAACAGUGACCAUGCUAAACUCCUCAGAGCCAGGGACCUGCGGGGAGACAGGCUUCUGGAGUGCCGGGCUGGAGCAGGAUAUAACGCUGACCAAUGGGUGUCUGGCUUUGGGCAUCAAGCUGCCCCACACAGAAUAUGAACUCUUUAAAAUGGAGCAAGACAUGAAAGAUCGCAGCUUGCUGUUCAUUGGCGAAAGGCCCACAGACGGAUCCAGCCCUGACAGACCGGAGAAGCGGCCCACCUCAUACCAGGCACCACUUAUUCAGUGUGUCGGGGCUACCGGCGUCUUUUCUAAACACAUCAGUCCACGCUACCUGGGAAAAGAGGAUAAUAAUGGGAAUGAAGCACUAAAACCUUUGCCUAUGGCAUUUUUAUCAUCACUUAUGGCAAUGCAGUUUUUAAGAUGGGACUAGAUGACUCCAGCUGUGCAGCACAGAAUUCAGACACUGGGUGCUAAGACAAUUUUAUAUCCUCUUUAGAUAAGCACAUCUGGAAUCAGCUUUGCUUAGAUUCUGUACACAUUAAAAAAAAUGGACAAAGCAAGAGGUUUUCCCUGCAUAACAUGCCUGAUUAUGCAUGAUGUGUACUAUGCGUAUACUUCCUAACUGACCUUCAUUAGGCAUAAAUCUAAUGUAGUGACAUGGAUCCAUUGCACAUUGUCAGAUAAUUUAGCAAUACAAAAAAGACGUGUUAAAUUAGAACUGCUGAUUCUAGCUUUCAGCAUUGCUAGGAUGUAACUGAGGGCUCUAUUCACACAAAAGUCAAAUUACCAAAGCAUUGAGGGCUCAGUCUCUCUGAAACUGAUUUCCCCCCUACUUCCGUAAGUUCAGGUAGCUGGCUUUGGCUCAGUCACAGAAACUCAUACCCCACACACCCUCUGUCAAUCUCUCUUCCUUGAAUUCAGGAAGGGCUCUUCGUGGCAGGCUUGAUGCCAUCCUUGCAACCUACAAUUUGCAAACUCUACUUUCUUCUUGUGUGUAUGUGUGUGUUAGCUUUCCCAGGCUCUGGGCUGUGAUGGUCCUAGUCCACUUCUGUUCAUAAGCUAACAAUGGGUGAGAUACAAGUGACCCUGCCCCCUCCCCACUUUUUUGUUACUACUUUGCCCCUGUCAUAUUACACUGACUUCAUAAGGGUUGGAUUCACUCUGUUCCACCUCUCUGUGUUAUCACUUAGCCCAAAUGUUCUGAGACAUAACCAGAUGAUUUAUGACUGGAGCACUCACCAGGUCGGACACACACAUAGGUGCAAAAAAACACUAUACCAACCCUGUGUUACCUCUGCCUCCACUUUGGCACAAUCCUGCGUGUGUUUGUUGGCACAUUCCCUGAACAAGGGUCAUCAAUCCAACUCUGGAUUAGAUCUCAAACAUAAAAAUACCACACAAGUGCAAGGAUAACAUCUGAUAAACUUGACUCAGGUAAAUUAAAUGUGAGGGGUGCAGACGAGAGACUAUAAUCAGACACCACAGUCAAGUCCUGGCACCAAAAAUUAUUAGGGGUCUGGAGCACAUGAGUUAUGAGAAGCUUAGAGACUGGGAUUAUUUAGUCUGCAGAAGAGACGAGUGAGGGGGGUUUGAUAGCUGCUUUCAACUACCUGAAAGGGGGUUCCAAAGAGGAUGGAUCUAGACUGUUCUCAGUGUUACCAGAUGACAGAACAAGGAGUAAUGGUCUCAAAUUGCAGUGUGGGAGAUUUUUUCCUAAUAUCUAAACACUUUUUCACUAAGAGGGUGGUGAAGCACUGGAAUGGGUUAUCUAGAGAGGUAUCACCUUCCUUAGAGGUUUUUAAGGUCAGGCUUGACAAAGCCCUGGCUGGGAUGAUUUAGUUGGGGAUUGGUUCUGCUUUGAGCAGGGGGUUAGACUAGAUGAGCUCCUGAAGUCCCUUCCAACCCUGAUAUUCUAUGAAUUUCUGCCUACAAAGCGAGCAAGGUAUGGAAUUAUACUCCCUAGCCUACUGCAGCUAAGAGGACACUUAAGUUGAAGACACCUUGUGAUAGUUAAAUCCUCUUCACCUAAUCCUACAUAUUUGAUCUGAAAAGGAUAUUUUUUAACCAAACUAUGCAAUAGCUACACUUAAUGCUGUAUGUACAAAACUGAAGCUGUACUUAGGGCUUGUUUACACAGGGCUAUCCAGGAAAAUGAAUCCUAAUUAACAAAGUAUAUCUGAAGUGGAUUAAUUAAACCCCACUGUGAACAUCCGCAUUCAGAAUUAAAUUGGCUUUAAUAUGUUUAGUUUAAUUCACUUCCAAAAUGAAUUAAGAUAAAUCACAUUAAAACCACUUUAAUUCUGAACAACAGCAUCCACACAAGGAUUUACUACUACUAAACUAAUCCAUUUAAAAUUCACACCUUUAGAUAAUUUUUUUCUGGUUGACCUCUGGUAGACAACCCCAUGGACAAUUUCUGGGUUUUUAACACAUACACAUUUAAUAAGAUUCUCAUCUAACAGUGAUACAAAUGAUUUUCAGCAUGUUAUCACAUACCUGCCACAGAAAAUAUCAUAUACAUAAAUACCUUUGAAAAUGCUUUCUCUGUUUGAAGAUUACUGGGUUUUCAUGCCUGCUAUGUACAAGUAUCCAAGGUCAAAUGCAUAUGUUUAAAAAGGAACUGUGUGAGCUACAGUGCAAUGAC